CUCAUUUCUCAAGGCUGCGGCAACGGCGGAAGCCGUGCUGGCGCCGAGCAGAGCGAAGGAGUGGAUUGUGCUGUGGAGGCUGUGGGAGCCGUGUGGUGCGUGUCCCCCGGCCCUGUCCUUCGGGUCCCUGUGCCGCCAGCCCUUGACCGGCUCCUUCCAUUCUCCCAAGUUAAGAAAAAUAGACAUGGAGAACACUGAAAACUCAGUGGAUGCAAAAUCCAUUAAAAAUUUAGAAACAAAGGUCAUACAUGGAAGCAAAUCAAUGGACUCUGGAAUAUUCUUGGACAAUAGAUACAAAAUGGAUUAUCCUGAAAUGGGUUUAUGUAUAGUCAUUAAUAAUAAGAACUUCCAUAAAAGCACUGGAAUGGCACCUCGACUUGGUACAGAUGUAGAUGCAGCAAGUAUCAGAGAAACAUUUAUGAACUUGAAAUACGAAGUGAGGAAUAAAAAUGAUCUUUCAUGUGAAGAAAUAAUGAACUUGAUGUACAGUGUUUCCAAAGAAGAUCAUAGCAAAAGGAGCAGCUUUGUUUGUGUAAUUCUAAGCCAUGGUGAAGAAGGAAAAAUUUUUGGAACAAAUGGACCUGUUGACUUGAAAAGAUUAACAAAGUUCUUCAGAGGGGAUCUUUGUAGAAGUUUAACUGGAAAACCCAAACUUUUCAUUAUUCAGGCUUGCCGGGGCACAGAACUGGACUGUGGCAUUGAGACGGACAGUGGUGUUGAUGAUGACAUGACAUGCCAGAAAAUACCAGUAGAGGCCGACUUUUUGUAUGCAUAUUCCACAGCACCAGGUUACUAUUCUUGGCGAAAUUCAAAGGAUGGAUCCUGGUUCAUUCAGUCACUUUGUGCUAUGCUGAAAUUGUACGCACACAAGCUUGAGUUUAUGCACAUUCUUACUCGGGUUAACCGAAAAGUAGCAACAGAAUUUGAGUCCUUUUCCUAUGAUGCCACUUUUCAUGCAAAGAAACAAAUUCCAUGUAUUAUGUCCAUGCUCACAAAAGAACUGUAUUUUUAUCACUAAAAAAUGGUUGACUUUUUUAUGUUAAUAUACCAAGUGAGGAAACAAUAUGAAUGAUACUGUAUUUCCUUCUCUAAUUGAAUAUUUCAGGACCAUACCAUUUCCCUAGCAAAAGACCCACCAUGAAGCUACCUCAAACUCAGAAUCAGGUAGUUGAAAUUGAACUUAAUUAGGAAUAAAGAAAUAUGGAUAUUGAUACAAUCAUUAUGAAAAUAAAUUAUUGUGACCUUAUAUCUUCAUAAUUAGCAACAUUUUGAUGUAUGCUAUGAAUUUUCAAAUAAUUAUGAGGAAAAUAAACAUUGCAGUAGUGAAUUUUAAUGGCACUCCCCUACACAUGUAAGAUUGUGUACUCUUUUUCUUAGACUAUAGAAAUGAUGAUGUGUGCUAAUGUAUUUUAGACCUUGAAGAUCCAUGGAUAUGUUCAAAGGCUUGAACCUUUAUGUUAGAACUGAUAUAGGAAAAAAAAUCAGCUGCAUUUUUAAUCACUUAUCAUGGCUAUAGCUCAUGAUAUUUGUUUUGAGCAUGUGUUUCUUUUAAAAACAUGUCUAUAAUUGAUAAGGAAAGAAUAUAUUUAAGAGAAAGUAUGAAUACACUGAAUUGAUUCUUUUAAGGCUAAUAUGCAAUAUUAAUGGAGAGACAGAGUCAUAACUACAAGGUGCUAAGAUCUGCCAGCAUUUGUUAUUGCACAAAUCAGAUGAAAUUUACACACCAGCAAAAUGCUUGAAGAUCUACUACAUAAAAGCCUCAGACUGUUACUAGAGGGAUAUGAAGAAGUUCUGCAGAAACAUUAAAGUAUUGUCUGUAUAAGAAACAGUAAAAGUAAGGAAAAAACAAUAAGUGGAACUUCUGGGCAAUCCGUAAUUUGACAGAAGAUGGUUUGAACAUGAGCAGUGAUGUGGCUCUAUCCAAACUUGCAGAGCUACAGAUACCACUUCAGAAAAGUUCUGCCAGAUGAUUUCUUCAGGAGCAUACACUCCAAAGGCAUGUGAAAAAGUGAACCAAGUGAGAAAUUCCUAAAAUGGAGCUUUUCCAAAGAGCCAUGAAAAUUGUAGUAUUUCUUGUAGUAUAAUUUUUAAGCAUGCUAUAGUCAGUUGAAAUUUAUAAUCAGAGGAAAAAAUAGUGGUAACAUUUUGUACUGUUAUAUGAAAUGAAAGAAUCAUUGCACAUAGAGCUUUAGAAGCAUCCAGCGAAAACCCCUCUAUGCAUACGGGAAACUACAGGCUGCAGUUCAGCCCCAGCUGAGGAGACCAGGCUCCAAGGCUCCUGGCUCAUGGAGGUGGUUGACACAGCGACUGCACCUUGCCUCACAAACUUUCAGUGACUUUUCAUGUGAACUUCCUUUUGGCUCAAGAAAGGAAUAUACAUUUACAAUUGACAACUAUUUAUUUUGAUAAGAUCUAUUAACUUUUUCUAAGUAAAUGCAGCAUGUAAUAAUAUCCUAAAAUGGGUCUUUGUGUGAGAAUUUUGUAAAAGUUUUUUAAUUUGUGUUUUUAUUUCCAAACAUAAAUUCAAACUUAAAUUACCAA